CAACCCUCAUGAGAGAGAAAGAGACUAAUUUUACGAAAAAAAAUACACAAGAUUGAAUCUUGGGAGAAUUAAAAACAGCCCUUUUUAAUAGUUUCUUCGAUUAGGUGAUCUCGAUUUUUUAUUUGAUGUGUGAUUGGAGAGGAAGAGGGGUUAGAGAGAGAAAGGAAAGCUGUGUGAACAUUGAAAGAGAGAAAGCUUCCAAAAAAAGUGAUGAUUGUGAUGAGCAAACAUCUGUAGCCAUGUCGAAACUCGGUUGCCUCCUCCACGGCGUAGAUUUCCGAGCAAUCUUCGUCUUCCUCCUCGUUGCCCCGGCCUGCGUCUUCACCUUAUAUUGCCACUACCAAAAGCUCACCUACUUCCUCCGCCCCCUAUGGGAGUCGCCCCCGAAGCCCUUCGUCCCUCUAACGCACUACUACAACCCGAACGUCUCGAUGGCCACUCUCUGCCGCCUCCACGGCUGGGGCAUCCGCGAGUCCCCGAGGCGCGUCUACGACGCGGUCCUCUUCAGCAACGAGAUCGACAUGCUCACCAUCCGGUGGAAGGAGUUGCACCCUUACAUCACGGGAUACGUGUUACUUGAGUCGAAUUCCACUUUCACUGGCCUCCCGAAGCCCCUUAACUUCGCCAUCCACAGGGAACUGUUCAAACCCAUAGAACCCAGGUUAACCUAUGGCGAGAUAGGUGGAAGGUUCCGCAGAGGCGAGAACCCCUUCGUUGAGGAGGCGUACCAGCGCUUGGCGCUCGACCAGCUUAUCCGUGUCGCGGGGAUUGAGCACGACGACUUGCUGAUCAUGUCGGACGUUGAUGAGAUCCCUAGCGGACACACGAUCGACCUCCUUAGGUGGUGCGACGACGUUCCUAAGGUUAUCCACCUCCAGCUCCGGAACUACCUGUACUCGUUCGAGUUCCAGCAGCACCAGCUAAGCUGGAGGGCUUCGGUACAUAGGUACCGGAAGGGGAGGACCCAUUACGCGCACUACCGCCAAACGGACCUCCUCCUCCCCGAAUCGGGAUGGCACUGCAGCUUCUGCUUCCGCCACAUAAGCGACUUCGUCUUCAAGAUGAAGGCCUACAGCCACAGUGACCGGGUGAGAUUCUCCCGGUUCUUGAACCCGAAAAGGAUUCAAGACAUUAUUUGCACCGGGGGCGAUUUAUACGACAUGCUGCCUGAAGAGUACACGUUUCGGGACAUCAUCGGGACGAUGGGGCCAAUCCCUCAUUCGCUGUCGGCUGUCGACCUCCCGUCCUAUCUGUUGGAUAACGCCGAGAAGUACAAGUACCUUCUCCCCGGGAACUGCGUGCGCGAGCGUGGAUGAGACGAGGCGCGUGUGAAGUUUCUUCGUUUAGGGACGGGCCGGGAUAGUGUAUUCAAGAUCCUUCCUAAAGAAGAAGCUUGAUGUGAAGAGAGC